GUCCAAACGGCGGCGCAGCUACUUUGCAUAUCCUGUUUCUCUGACUCAGAUGAUGACGGCCAUCGGGAGAGGAGGCUAGCCGAGCUGCGCUGCAUAGAUGCUCGGGCUGCUGAACAAAACUACAAGCAAGAUCAGAAAAAAGGCUGAUACUCAAUGAUGGAUGGGUUUGCAGGGGACAUGCUGAGCGGCGGCCGGGCUCUGCUCGGCGAGGACAGCUCGGUGAUGGCUCGCAUGCAGAAGAAGUUCUGGAAGACCAAACAGGUCCUCAUCAAAGCCACGGGCAAGAAGGAGGACGAGUACGUUGUGGCCUCUGAUGCUGAUCUGGAUGCCAAGCUUGAGUUUUUCCGCUCGGUUCAGUCCACGUGCACGGAGCUGCUGAAGGUGAUCGAGAAGUACCAGCACAGGAUCACACGCUUGUCUCAGGAGGAGAAUGAGCUCGGCCUGUUCCUACGCUUCCAAGCUGAACACGAUCGCACAAAGGCUGGCAACAUGAUGGACGCCACCAGCAAGGCCCUGUGCACCUCCGCCAAGCAGAGGAUGGCACUUUGCCCGCCACUGCACCGCUUGUACCAGGAGGUGGAGACGUUCAGGCGGCGCGCCAUCACCGACACUCUACUGACAGUCAGUCGUAUGGAGAAGGCCCGCACAGAGUACAGAGGAGCUCUGCUCUGGAUGAAAGACGUCUCCCAAGAGCUGGACCCAGACACCUACAAACAGCUGGAAAAGUUUCGCAAGGUCCAAGCCCAGGUCAGAGGGACAAAGAGCCAGUUUGAGAAGCUGAAGAACGAUGUGUGUCAGAAGGUUGACAUGCUGGGAGCGAGCCGCUGCAACAUGCUCUCCCACUCCCUCUGUACCUACCAGACCACUCUGUUGCAGUUCUGGGAGAAGACGGCCCACGCCAUGUCGGGAAUCCACGAGGCCUUCCAAGGACAUGUACCAUACCAGUUCACCACACUGAAGGACCUGCGAGACCCGCUGGAGCAAAUAACAGACACACAGGAACAAGAAGAUAAGAAGGAGAAGGCUCUACAGAGCAACACAGACAGUCUGGUGUCCUUGGAUGAGGACAAGCCAUCAGGAAGUGCCUCUGACACAGACCCCGCCCACAGCAGUGAUGGACAGAGGCAGACCAGUGACAGCGUGCACCAAAACACAACCAUACCCACUCGAACCCUGCACAGCCUCAGAGGACUGUCAGCGUGCUCUGAUGACGACCUGAUGCUCAUGGCCGGUGAUCGGCCACAGUCACCGCUCCCAGCCUCGACAAACAUCCCUCUCCAGCCUCAGCUCCUGCCUCCUCUUCAGGGUGGCGACCCGAAUGUGUCCUGGGGCUUUGGAAGCCUCCAGUCCAACCUCUCACAGCUGCCUGCCACGGAUGGGUGUCUGCUCUCAGAUGGUUCACCCCACCCGGCUGAGACGGGACUGGAGGAGGAAGAUGGCGAACGGGGCGACAUGGCUUUCCUCAAAGACCUUCUCAGCCCGGGCCCGGGGGCCAGCGACGAGUUCAGCAGAGAGUGGCAGGAUGCUUUCGGGCUUUUUGACCCUCCCAGCGUCCCUCCAUCGAGCACAGGGGCAGCAAGUAGUGGCCCAGCGGCACGUCCACCCUCAAACCCGCCCAGCCCCACAGGCUUCCUGCCCUCCCAGCUGCUGGAUCACAGUCUGAGCUCUACAGGCUGGUCAACCCCACCCAUGUUCCAAGCUCCGCCCCUGCAGCCUCCUCCUGGUCAGAACCAGUCAGCUCAGCUGGCUCCAAGUUCUGCAGCUCAUGCAACUCCAAGUGGAUCCAAAGACAUGUCUGCCUGGUUCAACCUGUUCGCAGACCUGGACCCCCUCUCCAACCCCGACGCCAUCGGACGCUCCGCAGACGAGCUGCUCAACGCCUAAAGGUGUGUGUGAAGAAGAACACACAUUAACAGUGAAAAACACACCUUGAUGCACACACGUGCGCCUGUAUUUCUGUUAGCAGGAGAGGUGUCUACAUAUCCACACAUGCAAACACACUCAUUGUGUUACACUGGUUAUGUUAUUUUACACUUUCAGUCCAGAUAACGGUUAAACGCUCUCCUCAGCUGCAACUUUAUAAAUGACUGUUAACACUACACGUGAAGCCACUGAAUCGUAUGCACACAGCAGACCUCAUGGGGUUUGUGUUACCUUUCGCUAUUAGUUGUUCCAGCUUCUGUUAAGCGGAGAGAAUGUUUGAGUUACGGGUUUAUUUUGGACGCCGUCGCAUGUUUUUCCCUGUGUGCUGUUCAUGUUUGCGUUGUUUGGGUGUGUGUCAGUUUGCUGUGUGUACACAUCACAAGGGACCCAGGGUGUAAAAUAAAUUGAGUGCUUAGUGUCUAUUUAC